CAUACUCUAUAAAACUAAAGUGACCACUACUUAAAGGGACUGUUAAUCUAGCAGCAUUAAUUACCAUAGCUCUACAGAGUUUGCAGUACAUUUUUUAAGAAAAGCUGAUUUAAAGAUUUAUGAAGCUAUUUGAUCCUAAAAUCAAACCUAAAUUUAAGGCCUAGGCCUUUUGGCUGCCUCUUUUUGAGCAGAAAUUUCAUUAUUAUGGGCCACGUAAUGAUGAUCUAAACUAGCAUUAGCAUGGUCUAAAUUAGCAUUAGAAUUUUAAGGUUAAGAGCAAGCAGAUGAAAUAUGAGAUGCUGGUUCUAAGCAGUUUGCCAUCCUCCAUCUACAAACUGACUACCAAUUUUGAAGUUAAAGGGUCUAGGCAAUUUGCGUCUUCAGAAAAGUUGGAUAUGAAAAAUAGCCUCUUGCUGAUGUUUUUCUUGUAAGGAAUUUAUAUUAUUCCAUUUUUGCCUUCAUGUUGUGUUUAUGUCUCCUGCUUUCCAUUACAUCUGCUAUCCUCUCCCUCCUUUUUCUUCCCUUCUGUUGUCUAGCUUUUGUGGUAAAUUGUCUCAUUGAUAGAUGUAGAAAUGUGGUGGUGAUCCUUUGUGUAAAACAAAGCUACUUUUUACAGACCAGAAAUAGUUUGUUGUUCUUGGAAUCAUAUUUUUGUGCUUCCAUGAGUACAUACUUUGUUUAAUUAUUAAUUUGCAUAGUAAUUAAUUUUUUAGCAUUUUAUGGGGGAAAUUAAUGAGUUUUAAUUUUCUUGGUUUAGGAUCCACUUUAGUAAUUCAGAAGGUCUGUAAGGUGAAAAGUCACACUUGUAUUUUGGAAUUGUGGAAAUAUUGCUGGUAUGUAGUUUGGUCUGAGAUGUAUUAAUGCAAAAGACUUCGAGGAGGAUUUAAGUGGUAGUUAAAAGUUACAGGACAGAUGACACUCUUGAGUAGCUCAAACAGUAAUAAUAAUCAGGUAAUAAUUUACACUGGUUGACAUUAAGUUAAACUCUUCUAAAAUAGAUUGACAAUUGGCAGUGAAGGUAGUUGUUGGUAGCUCUUGACCUCCAUGGCAAGUAUGUCCGACAACCUGGCUCCUUCAUUCUCCUUUAUGAUCCUGUUCAUAGCACCUGAGCUUUCCUCCUUCAGAAAGAAGUGAAAUAAUGACUCUUUCCUUUGAACAUAGCUAAUUGAUGAUCCAGAAAGAUUUCUGUAUUUUGAUGUAAUUUGGCCUCUCUUCCUCCCUUACUGCUGUUUCCCCCCAUGAUCUUAACUUGGCAAUUUGAAGAGCAUCUAAAUGAGUACUUGUAAGGGAAGCUGGGAAAUGAAGAUUGUAAGAAGUAUGUGUUUAAGCUACUGAGAACUGGUUCAGAAAUUGGAGAGCAGAAAGAAAAAAGCUGUUUGUUUGUGAAUGGGGGUGUGAGAGAUACAGAAGAGAGUGAUUGGAAAUAAAGUAGGAGGAAUUUUUAUUGGCAGUAGAAAAAAGUAUUAAGAUGAACUCUGCAUGAGAGGUGUUGACUAAGCAAGGAGGUUGGACUUCACUAAGGAAGUGUCAGUGGGUCCCUUGUUGGCUAAGUGAAAACUGUUGGUCUGUAGCUAGUAAUGGUGGUGAUGGAUUAUACAAAUCAGUUUUGGUGUGAAUGUACGAUGGUUUGAAGGUUUAUAUGUCUGCGCCUCUGAACAAAUUUAAGUAGCACAAUUGUGAAAUGGCAGCUUUUCUGAUCAAGGCAGAUUGGUGUUGGGAACUUAUUAUUUUGGGGGGAAAAGUUAACAGUUUACCCUUUUUCAUUUACCCUUUUAAAACUAUCAGUGACAUUUAUCAUCCACUAUUUUCUUGGGCUCUUGUCACAGCAUAGUUUAUGUUUGCACUUCAAAAUAAUCCUUUUAAUCCAUAAAGAUCUAUACCCAAAGAUCCUUCUUUUAUAGAUACCUUUGGUCAACAUGUAUUUUUUAGAAAACAGUAAACCAGAUACAGUCACUGAAUUUCAAUUUUAAGUAUCUUUUCUAUUUCCUUUACAUUUGUAGCCAUUAAACAUUGUGGAUUUUAAGAAGCCCUUGCUAAUAUAUUUCCAGAAUUAGAUAAUAUGUCCUCUAACUCAUGUUUUUGUUUGUUUUCCUACUUUAAAAUUCCCUGUGGUUAGUGUACACAGAAGUUAAUUAUAAUGUAUCUCCCAGGUUCUUGUGUUCUUUGUAAGGUGAGUUGACAGUGAUUAGUAAUCUAUUCUAUAAUCCCGAGAGUGUUUUAAGUUAUUCAAGGUAAAUAUUUGUUUUCAAAGUUACAUAACUCAAAUUCACAUUGACUAUAAAUUUACAAUGGGUUUAUUCCUAAUAAUUUUGAUAUAUUACUUUCAAGUUUCAUUUUAGUCAGAUACCUAUACAUUCCUGUUAAGAAUUUGUUUUAAAAUAGCCAAAAGGAAGUCUUGGCCUGUACUUGGAAGGUGGUUUUUCUUGUCAUGUGUCAAAUUCAUUAACAUUAGUGAUUACGUAUCUUAUUUUGCAGAGUUGACACUUAGUAUAAUUUCACAUUUCAUUGUGUGUCAGAAUUUAAAUUAUAGCUAAAUACUAUAGUUUAAAUCUGUGCAGAGCCUUCUUAAAGAGCUCCUCCCUUAGGAAUUGUUUAAAAGAAGUGAAGAACAGUGCUUUAAAUGACUGAGAUGAGUCUGAGAGGUUUCCUCAAGUCUAGGCAAUGGAGAUAAACGAUAGCCCAUUUCUAUGCUGCAUACAGUUGUUAGGGUUUGAUAAUAUGUAGAAAGUGCAAAAGCAGAAAAGACUGUGUAAGUGGCCUAAAAAUUUAUAGUUUUCAUUAUUGCACUAUUUAUCUUUGCACUUGAGUUUUUGGAAAUUAAAGACUAGCACUUUCACUUUUGUUUCUAGUCUUUUCUAAUUUCUUGCAAAAUUGUUUUCAAUAUCCCACCCAAAGUUAAACUCAUAUGCAAUUACAUAUGCUUUAUAAGGCCAAGAAAAUAUUAAUGUUAUCUAUAUGACAGUAAAUUUUGUUUUGAUAAAAAUUUUAAUAUAGAUCUUUAUUUGCCCAUAAAAUUCUUUAUAAAUAUGAGCUUUAUUAAGCUGUUAAAGUAGAAGCUUAGGAUAGGAAAUAAUGUCUUCUGUAUAUAAAAUUGUGUCUUUGAAAUCCAUUUUCCAGCCUAGUAUGGCCUGGCUUUUGAGUGUUAGUAUGUUUUCAUUAGCAAGUGAUAUCUGAGUCUUACUGGGCAAGUGCUUAAGAAACUGGAAGUGAAUAAAUAGGUGGCAGUUCCCUCUUCUGUGUAGCUUUCUAUAAGGUUCAUAUAACUUCUCUGUGGUUUAUGUCAUAUGCUGGUAUUUCAUGAAAUGAGUGUUUCUUUUGAAAAUUUAAGAUUGAUGCUUUUUGAGGAUGGUUAUAGCAAAGGAUAUAGGACUUUCAUUUAACCAUUGGCGGUUUUAUAGCCUCCUUGAUACGCUCUACUCAGAGAACAAAGAGUGUACUUGUGAAUAUGUGAUGCUGUAUUCACAAUUGCAAAAAGAAAAAAAGGAAAGGAAAGGAAACAAAUUGAGUUUUCUCAAUGGGACAGAGCGAUGUAUUUUUGGCGAGAAUUGUUUUAUAAGUUAUUUAAUGAUCUUAUUCUCUAUCUUUUCCUGUAGUUUUUUACACACCUCAUACUUAAAACCAGCAAGUCAGAGGCCUCUUUUCAGAUUGUUUUGGAAGGUCUGAAUGUGUUCUGGAUGUGUGUUGAUUGUGACAUAUUCCUCCCAUCAGUUCUGCUGGUCACUGUGGUUCAUAGUGUUUGCAAGUUCUGUUGAAGAGUCAGUGAUGCAUUUGAAAUGAGAAUAUCUUCUACAACAUGGUAUGGAUGUGUGUGGCUAGAUUCCAUGAUGUAGCAUGGUUGUGGAACAGUAGCCUUGAUUUAAUUUAAAUAGAAAGUUUUAACCAUAGUCCAGAUUUUAUGUACAGGAAUUGUGCCAGGUACUUGUCUAAAUGUGGACCAAUUUUGGAAAUGAAAGUUAAUGGAUGUGGAUUUGACUCCAGAUAAUUCUGUACUCAAAACUAAAGUUAAAGGCUCACACCAUUAGAGUUACCUACAUUUGAUGGCCUUAGCUCUUUAAAUGUGGAUGACAUUCAGCAUUAUAUCUGUGAAUUUCCUUAGGAAAAGAAAAGUUCAGUCUUUAUACCUUUUCUUGGAGGCUAAAUUUACCACAUAUGGAAGUGAGAAAAAUUGUAGCAAGUGUCUUUAUUUUUGUAAUGGAGUUUAACCAGCUUAAUUAAUUCCUUUUCCUACUUUGAAUCACUUAUUUCCCAUAUAUAAAUAAAGGGAAAGAUCAGUAACCUCCCCACCCCCAGGCAAUUUUUGUUGUCUGCCUCCAUUUCCCAAUCCUAUUACACAAUGAAUUACGGGUAUCCCUCUUAAGUCCCUGUAGUACUUUGGGUGGGGGGUGUCACAAAUACCUUUGAAAAUCUGAUGAAAGUGAUGGACCCUUUCCCCAGGGGAAAAAUGCACAUAAUACAGAUAAUUUUGCUACAACCUCAGGGUCAUCACUUACCUUCUGAAACCCAAGUUAGAAAAUUUUUUGCUUUGAGCAAACUUUGGAAAACUUUAAUAAAAAAAAUUGAUAAAGAGCUAUUGGCUUAAAACAUUUCAGAUUGGAAUUAUUAUCACAUAGUGGCCCCUACUAGUGAAAUGGGACAUUGCAACUAGCUUUGUUAGGCUUUAUAACAUCCAGAUAGAAGGGAAAGAGAAGUUCUGAGAGCUAUUUAUAAGGAGUCAGGUCAUCUCCAGAUGUGGGAGCCAGUCCUGGUUCAAGGUAGGGGUCAAGGUGCCUGACAAGUUUAGCAGGGUAGAGUUUGAUAAACCAUGCUCAGGAUGCCAAGGGGUUAACCAUUAUCUUAACCCCUUCCUCACCAAAAGAUUUUAGUUUUGUCUGUUGGGAAAGAAAGAUGGCGCUAGGAAAAAUGAGUUGCCUUACAACUUUGCUGGGACACAUCAGUUUGGUGAAGUGUGGGACACUAGUAUUAUUUUUGAGAAGGUGCAUAAAACCAAAGUAAAUUAUUCUCUAUGUAGAACAUUAUUUACUAGUAACAUUUGUUUGGGUGUAUUAGCUUUGACAAUUUUUACCAGUAAAUGCUGAUUUUAUUUAGAACUGGGAGUCCAGUUUACAUAUAGGAUAGUUGAUAUAUCCAUCUUUCCCCCGUGUAAAGAAUUGUCUAAAAGAUUUAUGCAUACUUUUUACUUUUCUCUCUUGAUACCAUGGGGUGGGGGUGGGGAGGACUUUGACUCGACAACUGACAAAUGUCUUCAAAUUUAAAAAUCAAGAAGCAGCACUUUAAGUCUAAUUCCACGCCAUUUUAGUGCAUGUUUUAGUUUAAUAAUGAUUUUUGGUGCAUGCCUUUGGGCUUAUUCAAAAGUGUACAAUAGAAAAGUGUAUUUCCUUUCAUAGAAAGGAGAUGUUUUUCUACUUUGCAACAUGUGAUUACAAAAAUCUUCCUCUGUGGGAAGAUUAACCAUGUAUUGAACUACUGAAAAGUAUAUAUUUUUAGAUAUACAGAAGGAAUCUACACGGGGCAGCAUUCAGACCUAUAUAGAAGUCAUAAAAUUCUGUAUAGGACCAAAAGGAAGUAACAUAAAACACUUAAACAGACUAUGUUGGGUAGAAAUACCUUUCGACCUUGCAUUGACUUCCAAAAUGAAAAUGCCACAGAAGUUCGCUGAAACUUUUGUUUGAAUUUUCUCUGUCAGUGUAUAUAGCCCAAAUGCAGCAGCUUUGGGUUAGCACAAUGUAAGAAUCAAAACACAAAACUAAAUAGUUCAGUCUGGUUUGCCAAUCCAGCCUGACUGAAAUAAGUAACCAAUCACUUGCAAACUGAAAAACUGUCCAACUCCUCUAAGGUUUUGACAAAAUAACCUUGGCUGAUGUGGGAACAUUCCCGCUUUGAUUUCUGACCUGACAGCGAAGAUUCAUGCAUGACAUGAUUUCAAACCUGACAGUGUCUGUUUAAGGAGCCAUGGUACAGUUUGCUAAUUCAAUCCCAGAUACCUGUUGAUUACCUGUAAGAUCUAGAGUUCAAAGUAGCCAGCAGCCGUAUCCCUGAGUGCUCUGUGCCUAUCAGAUAGCAUGAAGUAAGCAGAGUUGGGACAGGUCAACAGCUCUGAGGACUGACCUCAGAGCAGAGCCCCAGAUUCAAGAAUUGUAUCUGCUUUCUUGGGAGUCACUGAACUAUUGUCCCACACUGCAUUACUUGCUGUAGAUGUUCUCCAAGAGGAGGCCCAGAGCACACAUCCGAAUUGCUUGUGGUACUCAGAGAGGGGGUGCUAACUCUGAUGCCCUGGCCAAAUUCCAGUUUAGGGAUGUGGGUCUUCUUGUCAUUCUAAUUGGAAAUGUGCAUCACUUUCCAUUUUUUCCUGUUGCUCUCAGUGCAAACUACACAAGUCUGUUCCUUUGCCCCAAUCCCGAGUCUCCAAGAUACUGGUAUUUUAUGGGCCAGGUUCAUGCCUUAUCUUGAUACACAAGAGUUGAAGAAUGAGAGCUUGGCAUCAGGAUGCCUUAUACUUGGAGGGUGGACUCUUGUGAUGCCUGGGAAUGAAACCUGCCCUCUUUUGGCAUAUGUUAGGGAGCUUGCACUGGUUGGAAGCUUCCAACCAUAAGGUGUGAAUGGAAACCAAUUUCCCCUCUUUUCUUACAGCAUGAUGAGAAAAUCUUUUGGGUUUUCAGUAGUUGAGGAAGGCCGGAGUUCUGCAGCUUUAAUCUGGGUAACUAAGGCUGGUUUAAUCUGGGUAACUAGCUGGUUUAAUCUGGAUAACUAGUACUGGUUUGAGCAAGACUUUGGUAAAUUAACUCGGUUCUCAGAUGCCACAGACUCCGUGAGAAGUCACCAUUAUUUUUAGUGGCCGUGAUGGAGUCCCCCUGUAGCCAUUACUUUAAGAUUACAUGCAGAGUUGCUUUAUUUUGAGCUUUUUGUGUACACACAAUCCCAAACUGGAAAAACUUAAAAAGGAAUCCUGCUGUGAAAGGUAUAUAUUACUCUAGAUUUUUCUUACUGUAAAUAUUGUAAGAUUGUAAUACUGUCAAUAUUUUAUUAACCAACAAAUGUUAAUCUAUGUGAAAUCAGACUUAUUUUAAAUGUGCUUCUUAUUUACUGUGUGUGGUCCCUGUUGCUGACAGUAUUAAGUUAUAUUCUGAUGUAAGAUUAACUUUAUUAAAGAAUGUAAACAUUAAAUGUUUCCUUAUGGGAAAACAAAUAAAGUAUAAAGAAGACAAUUCUUUUCAUUGAAAUAUACUGUGUAUUUACACUUGCUAGACCCAGCACCACUUAUAAACUUAGUCCACUGUCCAGUUUCAGUUAACACAGCUGACACGGUUGUGCUCCACUUGAAGGUCUAAGCCUUGGUGUUGUUGGAAUAUAAACGGUUUGUAUUUGUCUGCUGUGAAUCAUCUUGAGAUUUCUAAUCAAGUUUGUAAAAUUUUUAUAGUAAAACAUUUUAAUGACAAUUUAAAAAUUAUCUUCUCUAAAGAAUGGUCAAAACAAUGUCCUUUCAGAAAUACAGUUGCUCUUUACUAUCUUUCCAAAAUGACUUUGGUUAAACGGACCAGGUGUAUAUUAGUUAAAGUCUAGGGCUAAGUUCUUGAUAUUCUUUGAGUUUACAAGUUAAUCCUUAUUGGAGUUGUGCCAAUAUACAAUAGAAUAUCAUUAAUUUGCACUGUUUGGGGACCCCAUUUAAGAAUGCUGAAUUUUGCCAACUAAAAAGUAAGCAAAUGCAAUUUAAAAAGUAAAUUUGAGCAUUCUGUGUUAAAUAUGUGCAGUUAUUAUCAUACGAAGAAGCGCAGUGUGUUGGGCUGUAAUAUAACCAUAUUUGCUGUCAUGUUCUCCCAUCUCAGUGCUGGGAACUCACCAUGUGGAAACCAAGCAACCGUGUUGUGCGUCAGCCGGCUUGAGUUUGUUCAAUAUCACAGCUGAAGCUAGCAAGGUCUGCUGUGCUGCUUACUGAAGUAUUGUGAUUCUCUUAGGCAUUGGUUCUUACAAAAUAUAUACUGUAACAGUAUACUUUGUACAGAUUUAAAUUUUAUUUGAAAAAAUGAAAUAAAGUAGGCAAAAAAUAAAGAUGUUUAUUUUUCAUGUGACUACAUAAACAGA